CCGGAUCGGAAGCGUCGCCGACAUGAGCGGCAAAGAAGGAGCAGGUGGUUUCAGAAAAAGAAAGCAUGAUAAUUUCCCCCAUGGUCAUCGAAGAGAAGAAAAGGACAUUAAUUCUUCUUCAACUAUGAUUAUGUCUUUCAAAGCAUUUCAGCUGGAACUUGAUACUAAACACGAUAAGUAUGAACGGCUUGUGAAACUUAGUCGUGAUAUAACAAUUGAGAGUAAAAGGACCAUAUUUCUACUGCAUAGGAUCACUAGUGCUCCAAACAGGGAGGAAAUAUUAAUGGAAUCUGAAGCCAAAUUAGAUAUUGUGAGACAGAAGAUAAAACAAAUUGCACAAGAAUUGAUGGGAGAGGAUAUGCAUCAGUUCCACAGAGCCAUCUCUCCAGGGCUUCAAGAAUAUGUAGAAGCGGUCUCAUUCCAGUAUUUUAUCAAAACCCGAACAUUAGUUAGCAUAGAGGUGAUCAAUGAGCAGCUUAUGUUUGCAGCAGAAGACAAAGAGGAAGAAACAAAGGUGCCUGCCUCUGAUUGCCUCAACACACAAAGCCACAAUUGGAGCCUGAAGGUGACUCCUGUCGAUUACCUCCUGGGAGUGGCUGACCUAACUGGAGAGCUGAUGCGGAUGUGCAUCAACAGUGUGGGCAACGGCGACAUAGAUACUCCGUUUGAGCUGAGCCAGUUCUUGCGUCAGAUAUACGACGGCUUUUCAUUCAUCGGCAACACUGGACCUUAUGAAGUUUCUAAAAAACUCUACACCUUGAAGCAGAGUCUGGCCAAAGUGGAGAAUGCAUGCUACACGUUGAAAGUUAGGGGGUCUGAGAUACCAAAGCACAUGCUAGCAGAUGUGUUUUCCACCAAAACAGAAAUCAUUGAGCAAGAAGAUGGGCUUCCCUAAAGCAACAGGAACCCCAUGACCAGAAGGGAAGAGCAA